AAUGAGGGAGAGAACUGGCUGGUGCAGGAUCUGUUAAAGGCUUGAAUGCCCUUAGUGUGAACUUUACGUCCCAAUUUACGUGAGAAUUUAUGCACAGUGCAACCCUACCCUGUAGCAACUGCAGAUGCUGCACAAGCCGGAAUCGCUCUCGCGGUACUUUGAUAGCAUACGUAACGGUGACGCCGGUUCAAGUCGGACAACAUUUCUAACCGACAUGCACUGCUUGCAGCGCUGCAUGAAGUCGAAUACACUUAUUCACUGUGUGCUCUAAGUAUAAUAGAAGAAUAGAAAGCUUUGUGGACACAACAUUGACAGAGCCAUGGUUCUUCAAGCCAAAUCUUGGGUCCUGAAGCAGCACUUUGAGGGCUUUCCCAAAGUCAGCGACUUCCAGCUGAAAGAAGAGCAGCUCCCUGAGCCCAGAGAUGGAGAGGUUGUUCUGGAGGCUCAGUUCCUUAGUGUGGAUCCUUACAUGCGACCGUUCAGUCGUGUUCGAAUGCAACCUGGAGACGUGAUGAUCGGAACUCAAGUGGCCAAGGUGAUUCAAAGCAAUAACCCAUCAUUUCCUGUGGGCUGCCAUGUGAUUAGUCGAUGCGGAUGGAGAACACACACAGUUUCAGAUGGCCGUGACAUCACACAAGUCUUGGCUGACUGGCCUCAGAAUGUCCCCCUCUCCCAUGCCCUUGGAGCCAUAGGCAUGCCAGGGCUGACUGCACUCUAUGGUUUGGAGGAAGUUUGUGCCAUCAAACCAGGUGAAACCUUACUGGUGAAUGCAGCUGCAGGGGCAGUGGGCUCUGUAGCAGGUCAGAUUGCCAAAAUUAAAGGUUGCACGGUGGUGGGUUCAGCUGGUAGUGAUGACAAAGUGGCAUACCUGAAAGAGCUGGGCUUUGACCAGGCAUUCAACUACAAGAUUGUCUCCUCACUGGAGGAAGCACUGAAGAACGCUUCACCUGAAGGAUAUGACUGCUACUUUGAGAAUGUGGGCGGUCAUUUUUCAAGUGUCGCUAUUUCACAAAUGAAGGCUUUUGGACGAAUUGCAGUGUGUGGAGGAAUAUCGCUGUACAAUGACACGAUCCCUCAGACCGGCCCUUAUCCACACCUUCCCAUGAUUUUUAAGCAGUUGAAAAUGGAAGGUUUCUUGGUGGGCAGGUGGGAGCAUAAAAAUAAAGAGUCACUAAGGCGAUUGUUGACCUGGAUGCAAGAGGGAAAGCUCAAGUGUAGAGAGCAUGUUACAGAUGGGUUUAAAAACAUGCCUGCUGCUUUCAUGGGGAUGCUCCAAGGGGAAAACAUUGGGAAGGCCAUUGUUAAAGUCUUUCAGUAGUUUGCCGAUGGAACAACAAUGCUGCUUUUUCUGUUUGGGAUUCUGCAUUAAUAAUUAAUCAUUUCCAUGUUGUGUGUUUACUGUUCAAUGUCAAGUGCUUUAUUUUGUUUUAUAAAAAAAGUCUUUAAUGCAUUUUUUUGUAAAUGACUAACAUUUUAUUUGUUUACUAGGACAGAGAAAUGUGUAAAUUGAGAAAUAAAGAAGAUACUUUUCUCAAAAUGUAAGCCUGUUUUUAUAAACUUUUGUAUAAAGUCUUAAAAGAGUUGUUCAAAAUUAUUAAGAUUCAGAAUUUCUAAAUUCUGUUAUUAAAUUAAAAACAUUAAAAAAAAUAAAAACUAGAACUAGAUGAACAGCAGCAUAUACUGUGAAUUAACUAUUGUUUUUGAUAAGCUUUAGGAAACAGAAUUUGAAAGAGGAACUGAAAGUUUUCAUUUAGAAAUCAUAGAGGCCCAUU